AUGUCCAAGUUCGAGUUUGGAACCCGCUACCUCCCACGACUCCCUAACUCUAACAAAAACCGACGCGAUGAUUCUUCCAACAACAAGACGAAAACGCCAGUAUCUGCGGCAAAUCCAGACAUUCGAAAAUAUGUCAACAGAAUGCAAAAACAAGGCACAAAAGAAGGAUGGCUUGCUUCUCCAGAGAUACCCACAUCGCAAGAGAUCAUGUGUGUGAAAGGGGAUAUUGACCUAGAAGAGAACUGUAUUAAUAUCGAGCCGAAUCACGUCGACGGCCCUUGGCCGUCGGUGGAAGACUAUCUGCGAACCCACUACGAGCUGCUGAGAGAAGAUUCGGUAGCCUUGCUGCGCGACUCUGUAGCAUAUUUGAGGAACAAACCUUCUAUGACUGACACGAAGAACAUAUGCGUCUAUGACCAGGUUCACAUUACUGGUAUGACCUUUGAAACAAAAGGUGUCGCCAUCAAAGUAUCGUUUUCAACAGCACGCGCAUGCAAAAACAUUGUCUGGGAUUACUCCACUCGCUUGAUAUCCGGAUCAAUGGUCGCAUUAUCCCCAGCAAAAGACUGCUUUAAGUCUCAGUGCGUUAUUGCUAUAGUGGCUGCUCGGCCACUGCACCAGGUCAAAAAGUAUCCGCCUCUAGUCGACCUUUACUUCGCGAACCCAGAUGAGGCUUAUUUCGAUCCACAGCAGGAAUGGAUCAUGGUCCAACCUCGUACAGGAUACUUGGAGUCUGUUCGCCAUACCAUGGCAACUCUGCAGUUGAUGAAUGACGAAUGUUUUCCUCUUCAAGAACAUAUUUGCAAUCUCAACGAAGACAUAGACGUACCAGAAUACGUGAAAUCAGACCCGGAGAUGCGAAUAUCUCCUGAUCAGAUUGUGGAUGUAUUGUCAGAUUGGCCUCAGGAACCUGCAAACGACUUGGACAUUUCACAGUGGGAAGCCCUCCACCACAUUCUGACGAAGCGAUUGGCUAUUAUUCAGGGUCCUCCGGGCACUGGAAAGACUCAUGUCUCGGUGACAGCGUUGAAGUUACUCCUCCACAACAGAAAGCCGAGAGAUCCUCCGAUCAUAGUCGCUGCUCAUACCAAUCAUGCCCUGGAUCAGUUACUAAACCACAUCUCAGAAGUUGUACCGGACUAUGUUCGCCUUGGUGGGCGGAGCAUAGAUGAGAAUGUCAGAAAGCGUACGCUGUAUGAAGUACGCAAAUCGAUCUCGAUACCACCUCUAUCUGGUGGAGCGCUAGGACGAGCAUACCACAAGUUAAAAAUUUUUCGCGAGAAUAUCGAAAACCUCCUCCGAGCGUUCACCAUGGACUCGACUGGCCCGCUUCCCGCUACAUUCUUUCGUGACCAAAAGGUCAUCUCCAGUGAACAGUAUGAUGCUUUGUGCAAUGGGGCCGAAGGGUGGACAAACUCCAAUCUUGAGGAGCAAGCAGAUCCUAUCAUCUCAUGGGUAGGUGAUAUGCUUUUCGAGAACUCAGUCACAUACAGAUACGAAGACCGCGGAUACGAAGAAGACGAAAUGGACUUGGAGUAUGAGCAACUUCGAGAAAUGGAACAAGAGAAAGGAAUUUCCGAUGACGAUUUUGAGACUCUGAAAGGCCCUUUUGUGCCUUUGAAAGAAAACGUUCGAGGAAGAAGCAACAUUGACGACGAACUGAUCGAGUAUCUUAGUAUUGAUAAUCUUUGGGACGUUCCUCCUCAGAACCGUGGCACCAUUUAUAACGUUUUAUGCCGAAUCGCCAAGGAAAAACUUCUGUCGACGUUCCGGGAGCAUCUGAAGCAAUACAACAGGUCCGUAACCGAGCGGUUUAUUGGAAAGUGGGAGGAAGAUUACGCCAUUCUCAAAAAUACAAAGCUUGUGGGAAUGACUACCACCGGGCUUAGCAAGUAUCGCGCUCUGGUGUCGGCACUGAAGCCUAAAAUCGUGAUGGUUGAAGAAGCGGCUGAAACCAUCGAGGCCCCGGUGACUGCGGCAUGUGUUGAAUCUCUCGAGCACCUCAUUCUUGUCGGUGACCACAAGCAACUGCAAGGGAGUUGCUCUGUUACAGACCUUGAAGGAGAUCCAUUUUUCCUCAACAUGUCAAUGUUUGAACGUCUUGUGCAAAACGACGUCGACUACAGAGCUCUUCUUCUCCAACGUCGCAUGGUACCAGAAAUCAGACGCUUACUCACGCCAAUCUACAACAACCUCAAAGAUCAUCCAUCUGUGAAUAAUCUCAUGAAAGUGCCUGGCAUGGGGGAUAUUCGCUCCUUCUUUUUUUGUCAUCAGUGGCCAGAAAACUCGGACAGUUUAUCCUCAAGAUACAACGCCCAGGAAGCUGAAAUGGUGGUUACUUUCUUCUUGCACCUCUUUUUUUCUGGUGUAGACCCCAGUGAAAUCACCGUAUUGACAUUUUACAACGGCCAGCGGAAAAAAAUUCUCAAACUGCUCAAGGAGAACCGGCACCUGCAGAGUAGGCACUUGAAGGUCAAUACGGUUGAUUCAUACCAAGGCGAGGAGAACGAUAUUGUGCUUUUGUCUCUGGUCCGGAGCAACGAAAAGGGAGAAAUUGGAUUUCUUUCUAUUGAAAACCGAGUGUGUGUAGCACUGUCUCGUGCUCGUCGGGGGUUUUAUAUGUUUGGAGAUGCUCAGAAACUUGCCUCGAAGGAUCCACUGUGGUGGGAAGUGGUGAAGAUGAUGGGCGAAGGAGACGAGGAGUCUCGCCGUAUAGGCUUCCAUCUUCCGCUAACAUGUGACAAACAUCAAAACAAAGAAUUUGUCUCGAAGCCGGAAGAUAUAAAAGACUUGAAUGGGGGAUGUCGUCUUCCUUGCGAAACGGUACUUGGCUGCGGUCAUCCUUGUCCAGUGAAGUGCCACGGCUUCGACCACGCCUUGAUCCAAUGUAAGGAGCGCUGUGGUAAAGCGCUCUCUUGUGGCCACAGCUGUCGCGAGGCCUGUACUGCGCCAACAUGCUCAUGCCACUGUGGAUACAAGACUAUAAAAGCCUCAUCGCUAGCAAAACCGAGCAAAGGAAGCAGCAUCCAAUCAUCCUCGCCCAGCAAAGCAAGCGUUCCCGAACCCCGUCGACAACAGCAACAACAACAAACCUUCAAAACCGACAAAGAGCGUAUUCAGGCGUUCCAGAAAUACGCCCAAGGCGGGUCACGCGAACACGACCGGAUGCUCGACAAAAAAUUCAGCGCGGAAGCCACAGAGAAAAUUCUGGUACGUCUCGACGCGGAAGAAUCGGCGAACCUCUUCACAGAGCAGCAGCAGCAGCAGCCCGCUCAGGAUCUCGAUGUCAGAGUGCUCUCUCCUGUUGGAGACGAGGAAAGCGGAGGGGCUCGUACACGCUGGGUUCAGUCGUUUACGCCCGCGAUACCUACAGUAGAGCAGCAGUCUGUUGCGGUUGAAGGAGACUUGAUUGAUCUUGACUAG